GAAAAAUAUAAAUAUGUGCUAUUGUUUUGUGAACUUUGCCAAAUCUCGAUUUCUAAUUGCAACUCAAGUCUUUCCCCUCCCAAAACACAAGAGACGAUUGACCGGAGCAAGUCGCCCGUCAUGCUCUUGUCUAAACAUUCUUCGGUCCAUUCCUUGGUAUUUCAAGUUAUAUUGGGAUACUUGUUUACAUCUUACAACACCAUUGCCUUUGCAUAUGAUUUUGUGAUAAUCGGCGGCGGAACCUCUGGUCUCGUGGUUGCCAACCGUCUAUCAGAAAUCCCCAACAUUACCAUCGCUGUAAUUGAGGCUGGCUUUUCGGUUCUUAACAAUGCAAAUGUCAGCAGUGUGGAUGGAUUCACAUUAGGUCUUAACACAGCAAUUGACUGGCAAUAUGCGACGACGAAUCAGACGUAUGCUGGUGGUAGAAUACUGGGUUGUAAUGCUGGAAAAGCAUUAGGGGGAACGAGCACGAUCAAUGGAAUGACAUACGUGCGCGCAGCAUCUCAACAAAUAGAUUCAUGGCAACUUGGACUUGGAAAUACCGGUUGGAAUUGGUCUACACUCUAUCCAUACUACAAGAAGAGCGAGAGUUUUACGAUUCCAACUCGACCUCAAACAGCAGCAGGCGCAUCUUAUAUUUCGGCGUUUCACGGACAAAAAGGACCACUUAAAGUUGGAUAUGCGUAUGAUCUUAACAACGGCACACUUUUCUCUCAAGUGGGGAGUGCGUGGGAAUCUCUCGGCGUGAAGAGAAGUCGGGAUGUAAAUGGCGGAAAUGUAACUGGAUACAUGGCGGGGCCGUCUACCCUGGACCGAGAGAAGAAUGUGAGAGAAGAUGCCGCGAGAGCUUAUUACUAUCCUGUGCAGGGUAGGCCAAACCUGCAUGUGUUUUUGAACACUACUGCCAGAAGAAUUGCUUGGGCCGGUAAUUCGGGAGCAACAUAUACGGCGGGUGGUGUAGAGGUCCUAAACUCUAACGGGGAAAUUGAGAUUAUUAAUGCGACAAAGGAGGUUAUUGUUUCUGCGGGAAGUUUGAGGUCCCCAGCGAUUCUGGAGCUUUCUGGUAUCGGGAAUCCAAUCAUCUUGCAAAAAUAUGGUAUAGCGACCAAGAUCAUUCUUCCCGGCGUAGGAGAAAAUCUUCAAGAUCAGCCUAACAACGCAUUUGCCUAUGAAAGCAACACCACGUACAAUGGAACAAUGCCAUAUGUAACAUAUGCUCCAUUAUCUUCUAUCCUCCCGAGUGUUCCAGCUGCGAACCUCAGUACUUGGGCAUCGUCAAUAUCUGCAGCAAUCAAUAGCUCCAUUUCACCUGGCGCCAUGAAUUACCUCUUAACCAUACAAAAUGAUCUCAUCAACCAAAAUGUCCCCGAUAUCGAGGUCAUCUUUGGGAACACAGUCAAUACCGGGUCUGGACCCGGUACAUAUCUCUUCACAGCCUUUUGGACCCUCUUACCAUUUUCCAGAGGGAAUGUGCAUAUUUCUUCUGCGGACCCCGCCGUAUAUCCAGCUAUUAAUCCGAAUUUCUUCCUUGUAGACUUUGAUCUGAAAGUCCAAGUCGCGAUUGCAAAAUGGACACGAAAAUUUUGGGCGGCCAAAGCAUUGGUGAAUGCAUUUACGGAAGUGUCACCAGGAUUUUCUGUGGUUCCUAAAGAUGCUACGGAUCUGCAAUGGGAAACUUGGAUCAAAUCAACAUUCAGUUCAAACAAUCAUCCUGUUGGCACGUGCUCUAUGCAGGGAAUAACGUCUGGCGGAGUCGUGGAUUCGAAUUUGAAGGUCUAUCGUACCAGUAAUGUGCGAGUAGUCGAUGCAUCCAUUCUGCCUCAUCAGCUUAGUGGACACUUGACAAGUACAUUGUAUGCUGUUGCAGAGAAGGCAAGCGAUAUCAUCAAGGAAAUGUACGGGUUCGCAUGAGAUCAAUCUGUAUUGGAGUACUAUACGUCGUGUAUUUACUUUGUAGACGAUGGAGAAAGGAUGAUGUGGUAAGAUGGUCAGACUUUACGACUUUACCCCGAGUUACUUUCAUUGGCUGGUUCGGGUAUCUUUUGUGUAUAAUAUCGAUAUGUCCGUCCUAAGAGUCCGGUAUUUACUUCCAGUCAAUCAGCAAUCCUUCAGAUCCGUUCAAGCUCCAGGAGCUGCUUUACUAUGUUCGGUGUGCCUGAUCGACUGCUCUGACUGGCACAACUACUCCAUAAGGCGUUUAAGCACAUAACCUUAUCCUGAUCACAGGCAGACUGACAUGGUAUUGAGCUAUUGUAGCAAAGUUCCCCAAUAUUUGCUUACCCCAAAACUCAAUCUCAAUCACAUUUUCGGUAGAAACUUGCCAGACAUGUCCACGCCUUUCCCCGUUUAGACCCCGUUAACCGGACGUGCGGCGUUGUGCAUCGUCGUGCAUAUCCUUGUGGAAAUUAAACUUUUGCAAUGACCAGCGGUUAAUUUUCUUUUUCUCCUUCUUAUA